AGUCGCAUUUGCAAAAACUCGCAACCGCAACACCCUCCUCAUUCCUCGCCGCUCUCCUCUCACGGACGGCGACAUGGCCUCAACCGCCACGGGCCGCGCCGGCGCCGGCGUCACGGAGAAAGAGAAGGCAGAGUGGUGGCGGUGCUUCAGCAACGGCGUCCCCGUUGAUGACGGCGACGACAAGGAGGAGGAGGAGGAGGAGGGAGAGAGAGGGGGUGCGGAGCGGACGGCGACGUACGCUGUGGCCGGGCGCGAGGAGGCGGAAAUGCAGAUGGAGCCAGGCGACGGGAGUGCGGAGACCGUGGCGAGGGGCGUGGAGGCGGAGAUGGUCGCGCGCGGCGGCGGGAAGGCGGAGACGGAAGCGGAGGGCGUCGGCGGCAAGAGGUGGAGUAGCCCGCGUUUCGCUGAUCCUGCCGCUCUCAGUGGAGGCAACUCGCUCCAGCUUGCGGCGGAGCUACCACGGAGGAGGAGGAAGGUAAUCGCCAAGCGCACCAGACUGAAUGUUGAUGGAACUGAGGUCCAGACCAACAUCAGCCAAGCUCAGAGUCCCCCUCCAGUGGUUAAGGGCUCUGAACGGGUCUACGAGGAGAAUGAGAAUCUGAGGUUGCAGCUCGCUUUGAAGACAACAGAGCUCAAACAGGAAGAGAACCGCAGGCUCCAGUUAGAGUUGAUUAUAAAGUCAAAGGAGACCGAGUCCCUGCAGAAGCAGAUUGAAGAUCUGAAAGCUGAGAAUGAGCAGCUCAGAAAGAAUGUAAAGCCACAAAGAGUCGAAAGGAAAUGCCGAUACUGUAAUGCAUAUGUCAUGCAUGACUACCGCAACUGUCCUAAGAGGCGACGAGCUGCUUCUUCCCCUGAAGUAACAGAUGGAGAGGAAGAGGACUCUUACUAACACUGCAAGGCUGCGGCCUGUUCGUCACAUCCCUUUUGCAUGAUUGCAUCGAUGCAUGCAUCUGUUGACACCUAGGAGUUCACAAAGUUCUGUUCCAUCUUGCUAAGGUUGUCACCGUAGUGUCCGGCAGCAGUAUAACUUAUGUGAUGUUUAUAGUUAUCUGGAUGUCUAUGGUUAGCUUAUGUGAUGUUUAUGUUAGGUGUUAGCUUAUGUGAUGUUUAUGGUUAUCUGGAUGAGGAGUUUCCUUCAACUGUUACUCCCUGAACUUUCUGGUUUACACGUUCAGUCGUCAGUGAGUUGAGGUUAAGUUAACUGGAAGUCAUAUUCUACUGUAUGGUGUGUCAGGAAUACUUGCAUGUGAAUAAUGUGAUCGCAUUUGCAGUUGUCUAAUUGACUACCAAGUUGUGCUUUCAUGCAGAAA